GUGCGGUUGCCAUGUAAUAUCCUGGCCGCGCGGGUGCGCGGCGCUGAGGCGGCGCCGGGGCGGGCUCGGGAGCUGGCGAGCGGGUGGCGGAGGCGGCGCCGGCGGAGGCCGCUGAGGCGCGCGGGGGGUCGGCGGCGGCCAGGAUCCUGUCGCUUGCGCUGUCCCUGUGGUUCGCUUGGCCGGGCGGGAGGCCUGACGGCGCGAGGCAGCAUGUCGGUGGCGGGGCUGAAGAAGCAGUUCUACAAGGCGAGCCAGCUGGUCAGCGAGAAGGUCGGAGGGGCUGAGGGAACCAAGCUGGACGAUGACUUCAAAGAGAUGGAGAAGAAGGUGGAUGUCACCAGCAAGGCGGUGACAGAAGUACUGGCUAGAACCAUCGAAUACCUGCAGCCCAACCCAGCUUCGCGGGCCAAGCUGACCAUGCUCAACACCGUGUCCAAGAUCCGGGGCCAGGUGAAGAGCCCCGGCUACCCGCAGCCCGAGGGCCUCCUGGGCGAGUGCAUGAUCCGCCACGGCAAGGAGCUGGGUGGCGAGUCGAACUUCGGCGACGCCCUGCUGGAUGCCGGGGAGUCCAUGAAGCGCCUGGCGGAGGUGAAGGACUCGCUGGACAUAGAGGUCAAGCAGAACUUCAUCGACCCCCUGCAGAACCUGUGCGAGAAGGACCUGAAGGAGAUCCAGCACCACUUGAAGAAGCUGGAGGGCCGCCGCCUGGACUUCGACUACAAGAAGAAGCGGCAGGGCAGGAUCCCCGACGAGGAGCUGCGCCAGGCGCUGGAGAAGUUCGAGGAGUCCAAGGAGGUGGCGGAGACCAGCAUGCACAACCUGCUGGAGACCGACAUCGAGCAGGUGAGCCAGCUCUCAGCCCUGGUAGACGCCCAGCUGGACUACCACCGGCAGGCCGUGCAGAUCCUCGAUGAGCUGGCCGACAAGCUCAAGCGCAGGAUGCGCGACGCUUCCUCACGUCCCAAGCGGGAAUACAAGCCCAAGCCCCGGGAGCCCUUUGACCUCGGAGAGCCCGAGCAGUCCAACGGGGGCUUCCCCUGCGCCACAGCCCCCAAAAUCACAGCUUCUUCAUCUUUCCGAUCUUCCGACAAGCCCAUCCGGACCCCCAGCAGGAGUGUGCCACCCCUGGACCAGCCGAGCUGCAAGGCGCUGUACGACUUCGAGCCAGAGAACGACGGGGAGCUAGGCUUCCGCGAGGGUGACGUCAUCACACUGACCAACCAGAUCGACGAGAACUGGUACGAGGGCAUGCUGGAUGGCCAGUCGGGCUUCUUCCCCCUCAGCUACGUGGAGGUGCUGGUGCCUCUGCCUCAGUGACCUGCCGGCGUCCCUGUCCUGGCCACCUGCGUUCCACGUGCCCCUGCGGCCUGCGGGGGCCCCGGGCCCCUCGGUACUUCCUGAGCAGGGCCUGGCACCUGGGGCAGGCCCGUUUACACUAGCGCUCACCCUCGUGUAGGGUGCUGGCUCCCCUCCCCACGUGGGCGUGUGGGCGGCUGUCCUUCCUGCUCACACUAAGGUGCUCUUAGAAACACUAACGUUCCUGGGGCGGACCCUCCCCACACCUCCGUCCUGACUGCCCUGGGGCCCAGCCCCAGCCCGUUUUAUAUCCCCUCCCAGCCCGUUGCUGGCGAUGGGCCUCGGCCCCCACUCCAGGGCUCCCCAGGCGCCUGCGGGCCUGUGGCUGCACCCCAGCCUUGCACACAUGCCACUGCCCCCCCCCAGAGCGAGGGGGGAGGGCCUCACCGUUCCCCCAGCCAGCUGUCAGCUUGCAGCUGGGGACAGAGACCAGCUGGGGUCCCCAGGGGCUGCCCUGCCCAAGGACACGCCCUCUCCCAGGAGCCUCGGUGCCCCACCCCGCCCCCACAAGGCCGAGUACCUUUCCAGCUUUUUAACUGCCCCAGCCAAGCACAGGGAGGUGUGUUUCACCCUCUGGCACAAGAUGCCACCACCAGCUGUACCCACACGCCCUCCCCCAACACCUCUCGCACGGGACCACAGGGCCCCCAGUGCCCCAACCUUAGGCUCCAGCACAAAGGCUCUGAUGGGAAUGUCCCGGGCCCCUGGCUGCUGGGCCUCCUGAGCCCGUGCCCUCCACCCUGUGGGAAGCGCCCCAGCUGUCUCCUCUACACCAAGGCGCUGCCCUCGGGGUCCCUGAGCCCGUGCCCUCCACCCUGUGGGAAGCGCCCCAGCUGUCUCCUCUACACCAAGGCGCUGCCCUCGGGGUCCCUGAGCCCGUGCCCUCCACCCUGUGGGAAGCGCCCCAGCUGUCUCCUCUACACCAAGGCGCUGCCCUCGGGGUCCCUGAGCCCGUGCCCUCCACCCUGUGGGAAGCGCCCCAGCUGUCUCCUCUACACCAAGGCGCUGCCCUCGGGGUCCCUGAGACUGUGCCCUCCACCCUGUGGGAAGCGUCCCAGCUGUCUCCUCUACACCAAGGCGCUGCCCUCAGGGUCCCUGAGACUGUGCCCUCCACCCUGUGGGAAGCGUCCCAGCUGUCUCCUCUACACCAAGGCGCUGCCCUCAGGGUCCCUGAGACUGCCCAGACCAGCAGGGCCCCAGCCCUGGCAUCCGCCUCCCCUGCGGCCUAACCCCAAAACUGGCCAAACUGGGCUUGGGGGGCCUCUGGGCCUGACUGUAUUCACAUUCCCCUCCCUGUGUCCCCUUCCUCACCAUUACUUGGGGGGGGGAACGCAGAUGACUUGGCCAUGAUCUAGGGUGGAUCCAAAUGUACUCCUGAUUUUUUAAGAAAAGAAGUAUUAAAUGUCUCUUUCUACA